CGCAUUUUCAGAUUCACAAUCAGCUCAAACUAAUCAUUUCUCUCUUACAAAUUUAAAUUACAAUCAAUGGAGUCCGGGAAGACAACAAAGGGUGCCGGAGGAAGGAAAGGUGCCGGAGAGAGGAAGAAGUCGGUGACAAAGUCGGUUAAGGCCGGGCUUCAGUUUCCCGUCGGUAGAAUCUCCAGGUUUUUGAAAAGAGGCAGAUACGCUAAACGAACUGGAUCUGGUGCACCCAUCUAUCUUGCUGCUGUUCUUGAGUACCUCGCUGCUGAGGUUUUGGAGUUGGCUGGAAAUGCAGCAAGAGAUAACAAGAAGACGAGAAUUAACCCUAGACAUGUGCUAUUGGCUGUGAGGAACGAUGAAGAAUUGGGUAAAUUGCUUGCUGGUGUGACGAUUGCGAGUGGAGGUGUUCUACCAAACAUCAAUCCAGUUUUGUUGCCCAAGAAAUCUGCAGCUGUCGAUGCUGAGAAGACACCCAAAUCUCCCAAAAAAGCUGCCAAAUCCCCGAAAAAGGCAUAGAAGAAUGUAGUUAGGGUUUAGGAUGUUUUUGUAUUAUGUAUGGAACUAGUUCAGGUUAAAUGCUUACAAAACGUCUUGUUUUAUAGUCGCAAAUAUGAAAUGAAUCCUUCACUUUUUAAAAA